AUGAUCGGUCAACCAUUUGGUUCAAAACUUCUCUCUCGAAAGAAAAAUGCACGUGGUUAUUUAAUUCUCUUAGCACCAACUCCAGAACUUUGGAGUCGAGCACUGCGUCAUCGUACUCAAAUUGUUUUUACACUUGAUGCAAGUGCCAUCAUGUUUGCUGCUGCUUUGCACUCGGGCUCACGUGUCAUCGAAUCUGGAACAGGUAGUGGCGCCCUCACGACAAGUUUUGCACGAACAGUAGCACCUGAUGGUCAUGUCUAUACCUUUGAGUUCAAUGCGCAUCGAGCAGAAAUUGCGCGUCAAGAAUUUAAGCGCAACAAUCUUGAGAACGUUAUCACGGUGCAAUGCAGAGACGCGUGUGCGCAAGGAUUCCCUAUGGAGCUGAAGGGUUCAAUCGAUAUGGUAUUUUUAGACUUGCCUAGUCCCUGGAUGGCUGUUGGUCAUGCGGCGAAGAUGUUGAAGCAGGGAGGAUUCUUUGCGUCCUACUCGCCAUGCAUUGAGCAGGUUCAGAAAACGUGUGAUGCUCUUAAAAGCGCUAAUUUUGAGUUAAUUCGUACAAUUGAGACGAGGCUGGUGCCGUACAAUUCGCGACGAAUUGAUCUUCCCGUGCCGGACUUUGGAUUCGACAUGAGUAAAGACACUAAAGAGGAAAAAGAACUGGAGCGGAAGAAAAACGGCGGAUGCAAGCGCAAAUAUAUCCCUGGUGGUGUCGGAGAUCACAUUGUGGCCAAGAAGGAUGAUGAGAUUCGCGGACAUACUGCAUACCUUACGUUUGCUACCAAGUUUUUCGAAUAA